GGCUAUGGGAGAGUGAGCUGCAGUCUUACAAAGCCUUGAGGACAUUUGAUCAGUACUGUAGGAGUGCAGUCGCUUCCAGAUUAUUCACUCUCAACCAAACAGCAUCACAUAACCACAAUACGAGGACACUUUACCUUCAUCAACAGUCGUUUGCAUUGCUCAGUUUGGCUUUGAUCCAUUUCCUGCCUGAAAACGCACAAGGAUCUCUGCUGGCACAGUCUUGGCUUGAGACAAUCUGAAAAGUACAGGGAGACGGGGAGAAAAUUAGCAGUCAGGAAGGGGAAUUCCAAGCAUUUCUUUCCUGAAACAGGCUUCAUUCGUGCCCUCACGCUGGGGAAGGCAAAACGGACGCGUCUCAGCCCCUCCUGCCCUUUACAUUCUCUAACCUCUCAAGUCCUCCAGAGGAUCCGUCAACGGGUAUCAGUCAUGCAUCUGAAAACCAUGAAGUGCAACCCUUUCUGCCUUAUCGCUUCCUUAGAGGAUCCAGAUAUGUUUAACAGCUCUGUGGAGAGGGCAAGUUUUGAGGAGCUGUUUCGUGCCUUUGACAGCAACGUCACCUUCCAGUUUUUUAAGAGUUUCCGUCGGGUGAGGAUUAAUUUUACCGAUGCUCUGGCAGCUGCGGAGGCAAGAGCAAAACUUCACAAAAGUGACUUUAACGGCAGGGAGGUGCGACUCUAUUUUGCCCAGUAUGUGCACAUUGGCAGUCCACACCUGGAACCUCCUAAACCAGAUAAGCAGUUCCUCCUUUCCCCUCCUCCAUCACCUCCUGUGGGUUGGGAGCAGUCCAAGGAUGCCACACCUGUCAUUAACUAUGACCUUCUCUGUGCCAUCGCAAGACUUGGGCCAGGUGAAAAGUAUGAACUCCAACCAGGUACCCCCACCACUCCCAGUGUGGUAGUACAUGUUUGCGAGAGUGACCAAGACAUCGCAGGAAAUGAGGAGGAUAUGGAGGGAGGCCAACAUCCCCGUCCAAAAAUCAUCCAGACCCGUCGACCAGAAUACACUUCCUCUGUCAUGCAGUGAGCCUUUGGAACCACUCAUUGUGGUAUAAUUUGUUAUCAUAACAGGGCCCUCUGGGGGAUAUGCCAUGGCAUGCUGUUGGUCCUCCACACCACUAGAGGAUGCCUUAAGACAGAAGCUAGCUCUGUGGAGAGAGAUAUUGUGUAUAUCAAGCACCAUCUCACAUGGCUAUGGGGUUCAUUGCAUGCAUUCGCUGGUAGAGUGACUCAUCUCUAGUAAAAUGUCUUUUUUUUUUUGAGAGUGCUUUCAUUGGUAUCUGUUGCCAAGGGGAACAUGAGUCUCCUAUUGUGUAGAGUGUUUUGUAUCUUGGGAAGCAUGCUGUCUCCCAGUCAGUGGAUGUGUUUUUAAUAUGAUUUUUUAUUUCCUUUACAUUUCCUUGACACUUUCAGACACUUGUUAAUACAACCCUCUUAUGUACUCAUGAGCAAUCCAAGAUUAUUGAAUUGAGAAUGAGAGUAAAUGUCGAGGGGAAUAUCUUUUUGACAUACACCGUAAGUCUUGUUCCACCAGGUGCCUCAACUCGUUCCUAUAUUACAGAUCAUAGUUAAGUGCUACAAUAAGACUGACAGAACUUUGAAUUACAUUUUUUUUUUCCCAACUAUCUUUUCUUUGUCAAAAUGCUUGUGAUUUUACAUUUUUCUGGGGGAAGGUUUUCUUAGGGUAAUGAGUGUUCAAUAUUGCAAUGUUUUUAACAAAAUGGACUAUAUUUAAAAAAGCCUUAAACAUCAAUUUGACAUCUUGGCCCUUGAAGUAAUUUCUAUGCUUUUAACUGGAUGGCAUGACCUCCACAUUCAUCAACUUCAGUUAUUUUCAUCAUGUAGGACCAUAACACUGUAAUACACCUGUCAGUCUUGAUGAAGAACUGUUACACUCUGUACCAGGACGAGCACCAAUUAAUUUUGUUACAUGCAGCUUAAUAAUGUAUUUCUGAUGCCUUUUAUUGUUUGUCUUUAUAUAUGAUAUAUUCUUUUUUUUUUUUUUUUUUUUGGUUUCGAAAAUGUCACUGACAUGGCUUGGGUGUUUACCCUGUUGUAAAUAAAUCAUAAAUAACUGCCAUAACUAGACAUUAAAACUGAAGGUUUUUCU